AUGACCCGUAGGUGGCUGGAGUCCUUCCAUGCGGAGGACAUCUUGAGGGACAAGACGCUGCUCAGGCAGCAGCUCGAGGUGCGGGGCGAUUGCACGGUGGAUGAGGCUAUCACGGCAUUCGUCAACCAGAAGGUUACCUCGUUCGUCGUGGUCAACAGAAGGAAGGAGGUGAUCGGUAUGUUCACCUCGAGAGACCUUCUCGGGGAGCUGGCCAGGUACCCCAACAAGGCCGACGCCCUCAAGACGAGGGCCCACGAGUUCAUGAUUCCGCUGAGCCGAAUGAUCUACGCCUCCGCUAAGGACUCGCUCUACCAGUGCCUGCUGGUCAUGUCGGAGCUCAAGGUACGGAACCUUCCGGUCAUCGCCGAGGGGAAGGUGAUGGGCAUCGUCAACGUGAACGACAUCAGCGACUUCAGCUUCAGCAUGGAGGAGCUGGGCGGCAAGAAGGCCUACAUGAAGAACAUUAGCCAGAGGAAAGGCCUCCCGAAGGGCGUCGGGCUUGACCCUGGGCAGAACCGGUCCGGCUGGAAGCAGACCUUCUCGGCCUCGGUGGGAGCGGUGGCCCUGCCGCACCCCCACAAGAUGACCGAUGGGGGGGUCUCCGCGAACAAGAGGGAGCACAGGCACCUGGAGGUCGCCGAUGACCCGACCCUCAGCGAGGACGCUUACUUCGUGCUGGACGUGGCCUGGCCUACGGAGACGACGGACACCGUCAACUACGUGGGCCUGGCAGAUGGCGUGGGGUCCUGGCGAAGGGUGGGCGUGGACCCCAGGGAGUUCAGUCACCGCCUGAUGCACUGGGCACGGGAGUACAUCGUGAGCAUGUCGCCCGGGUCGGGAAUAGGGGGAGAGGGCGUCAUGUCCCCUCCCCCCCCCAAGCCCCACGAGGUGCUCAUGGCGGCGUGGGAGUACACCAUCGGGGAGAAGGUGGUCGGUAGCAGCACGGCCUGCGUGGCAGCGCUGGACUACGACCUGGAGCAGCUGAGCUUCAGCAACAUCGGAGACUGCGGGGUCGUUGUCCUGCGGCACAUCGACUCGAAUGUUGCGGGCUACAUGAGGGAGAAGAAAACGCCACGGCACCUGAGAGACUCUGACCUCCGAUUGGCCUUCAUCUCUCAGCAGCAGCUGCGGUCCUUCAACCUCCCGUACCAGUUUGGCUACACCAAUGUCCCCGAGGACAAUGCCAACUUCGAAACCCCUCGAGACGCCGUCAACACGUCCUUCCCGGUGAGGCCGGGGGACAUCAUCAUCCUUGCCACCGAUGGGCUGUUCGACAACAUGGAGCUCGAGAACAUCUCGUCGGUGGCACUGGAGUGGGAGACGAAGUGGUUCGGAGGGCCCAUGGGAGGCUUGAACGAGCACAACAACGCCGCCCUGGAGGAUCUCGCGGAAACCUUGGGACAUAGAGCGCGGGAGCUGUCGCUGGACAACACGAGGGACUCCCCGUUCGCCCUCCUUGCCAAGGAGAACGAUAUCAUGUGGGGGGGAGGCAUGCCUUAUUAUAUCACCGUCGUAGCGCUUAGGGUCAUCAACAAGGCCGACUCUACCUCAGAGGCUGUGUCGACGAGGGGAGUGGCGAAGCACGUCCAGACCGUCCACGAGGCGGCAGCGGCGUAAAGCCCGUCGUGGGUGGAGACCCCCCACCCACCCCACUCCCCCCUCCCGUCAUUUUUCGGGAUG